GAUAAAAUCGGCGAUAUGGGUAUUGCGGUGGGUCGUCAGUUGGCGUCAAGUGCUGAGAAACGAUUCGGCGAUGGAAAAAAUGGUGGACUAGUGAGUGGAACAAUUGACGUUAUAGGUGGAGGUAUCGUCAGUGCGAGUACAGUGUGGAUGGCGUUGGAGGAUGCCUCGAAAACGUUGUGUAGAAAUAUUGCAAAUGAGGCGGUCGAUACGGUCAAAAUCAAUUAUGGAUUCUUCUGUCUUGACGCUGAGCAUUAUGUAGUCGGUAAGAUAUUAGCACGUUGA